AUGGGGGAGAAUAAGUGGUACUUCUACUGCCAGAAGGACCAUGAGGACCCCUCCGGUAUACAGACUAACCGUGCCACUAAAGUGGGCUACUGGAAGGCCACAGGGAAGGACAAGGAAAUCCUUGACUCGACACCCGCACUCAUCGGUAAGAAGAAGACGCUCGUGUUCUACAAGGGCAGGGCUCCUACAGGGGAGGAGACCAAAUGGGUCAUGCACGAGUAUAGGCUUGAGAUUGGCAAGCAGCUAACAUCCAGUCUAUCCACUGACAUCUCCAAAGCCACCAUCAUUAAUGCGUCUUCCAAGGUAUUUAAAACUUGA